AUGAAAUUGGAACGUUUUUCAAGGUCAUUUGAAAGGAUUUCAUUAUCGUCCAUUGAAUAUCUUUCAUACCUGAGGAAUACAAUCAAGGAUUCGCAUGCUACCCAGUCUGGCGAUGGCUCGAAUAAUAUAAUAUAUAUUAUUAUUUAUUAUAUAUUUAGUAAACAUAUAAUUGCCCCAGGUAGCAGAGUGUCAGGUGACGAUGUUAUUAUCGGUAAAACAGUUUUAUUACCUGAAAACGAAGAUGAACUCGAAGCAACGACCAAAAAGUUUGUUAAAAGAGAUGCAUCAACUUUCCUUCGUAAUAGUGAAACCGGUAUUGUUGAUCAAGUGAUGAUCACAAUUAACAAUGAUGGUUACAAAUUUUGUAAAAUAAGAGUACGAUCAGUUAGAAUACCACAAAUUGGUGACAAAUUUGCCUCUCGUCACGGACAAAAGGGAACUUGUGGUAUUCCUUACAGGCAAGAAGAUAUGCCUUUCACUUGUGAAGGUAUUACACCAGAUAUUAUUAUCAAUCCUCACGCUAUUCCAUCUCGUAUGACCAUUGGUCACUUGAUUGAAUGUCUCCAAGGAAAAGUAUCAGCCAACAAAGGGGAAAUUGGUGAUGCAACUCCUUUCAACGAUACAGUAAAUGUCCAAAAAAUUUCCGAGCUUCUUGCCGUAAGUGUAGAUUUUAAAUAUCAUUUAAGAGGUUACGAAGUGAUGUUUAAUGGUUAUACUGGUCGUAAAGUAAAUGCUCAAAUUUUCUUAGGACCAACUUAUUAUCAGCGUCUUAAACACAUGGUAGACGAUAAGAUUCAUUCCCGAGCUCGAGGUCCUGUUCAAAUUUUAGUACGACAACCGAUGGAAGGUCGUGCAAGAGAUGGAGGUUUACGUUUCGGUGAAAUGGAACGUGAUUGUCAAAUCGCUCAUGGAGCAGCUCAAUUUUUGAGAGAACGUCUUUUCGAGGUUUCCGAUCCAUAUCGAGUUCACGUAUGCAACUUAUGUGGCCUAAUCUGUAUCGCUAAUCUCCGUAACAAUACAUUCGAAUGUAAAAAUUGUCGCAACAAAACUCAAAUCUCUCAAGUCAGACUACCUUAUGCUUGUAAACUUUUAUUUCAAGAAUUAAUGUCAAUGCAAAUCGCUCCUCGUAUCGUUGUUUAAAUCGUCACCACCACCACAACAACAACAACAACAUUCAAACUCGAAAAAGCAAAAAAAAAACAAAUGUAAUUUUUUCCUUUCCCAAUUUAACACCAAAAUGUUUCAUCAUUUUCAUCAGAAAAUAAUAAACACAAUUAUUCAUAAUAAGAAAACUCAAUUAAUCAUCGAUUGUUACGAUUGAUUACCAAUCCCAAAAGAGUAUUUGAAACUCUAUUCAUUUGAAUUGUGAACUCAUGAAGAAGAAGAAGAAGAAGAAGAAACAAAAUAGAAAGAGAAAAAAAGAAAGAGAAGAUAAAGAAAAGAGACUAAACCGAGUGAGCUGUUUCUUUUUCUUCCCGAAUCUCUCAUAAUGUAGAAAAGAGAGUAGAAAGAAAGAUAAAAAUGUCAUCUAUUUUUUUCUCUUUCUCUUAUUUACCUCAAAGUCUUUUUAUAAUAUUCUUCUUCUUGUAAUUGUGAAUCUCAUCUUUACCUUAAUUAUCCUGGAAAUUGAUUAACAUGAUCAUCAAUCUCCAAUACGAUUAAAAAUCAACCAAUUAACUGAAUCAACAAAACAAUAAACAAAAAUAUCUCCUCAUAUUUAUAACCCUGAACAAGAAACAACAACAAACCAGUAACAAGCAAUUGCUCACAAGCAAAACACAAAUGGAUGACCUUUUUUUAUCUUCAUCACUUUAAUUCAUCAUCUUCACCUUUUCCUCUCUAUCACAAUCAAUUAAACA